AGCCCAAGAAAGAAGAGGAAAGAGAAGACUGAAGGUAAACAAGUACAAGAGAAAGAAGGGCAAAGUUCAGCGAAGCAACGACAAACAAUGGCAGCGUCUGCGAUUCUAUUGGAUCCAAGACCAUCGCCCAUAAAAUAUGAAACACUUGGCGGCGACCACUUGUCGGCCGUGACCUCCGAAGACGACGACCUCUACGGACGGCUGAAAUCCCUGCAGCGCCAACUGGAAUUCAUCGACAUCCAGGAGGAGUACGUCAAGGACGAGCUCAAGAACCUGAAGCGCGAACUGCUCCGAGCCCAGGAGGAGGUAAAGAGGAUCCAAUCUGUGCCCCUCGUCAUUGGCCAGUUCAUGGAGAUGGUUGACCAGAACAACGGCAUCGUCGGAUCCACCACCGGCUCCAACUACUACGUUCGCAUCCUUAGCACCCUCAACCGUGAGCUUUUGAAGCCCUCUGCUUCUGUCGCUUUGCACCGCCACUCCAACGCCCUUGUCGACGUUUUACCUCCCGAGGCUGACUCCAGUAUUUCCCUUUUGAGCCAGUCCGAGAAGCCUGACGUUACCUAUAACGAUAUUGGAGGAUGUGACAUUCAAAAGCAGGAAAUUCGUGAAGCUGUUGAGCUACCUUUGACGCAUCAUGAACUAUACAAGCAGAUUGGUAUUGAUCCACCACGAGGAGUUUUGCUUUACGGUCCACCCGGUACGGGUAAAACCAUGCUCGCAAAAGCGGUUGCUAAUCACACAACAGCGGCCUUCAUAAGAGUGGUUGGUUCUGAGUUUGUUCAGAAGUAUUUGGGUGAGGGUCCUCGAAUGGUCCGUGAUGUUUUUCGUCUCGCUAAAGAGAAUGCCCCUGCAAUUAUUUUCAUUGAUGAGGUAGAUGCUAUUGCAACUGCUAGAUUUGAUGCACAAACUGGAGCUGAUAGAGAAGUUCAACGAAUUCUUAUGGAACUUCUAAAUCAGAUGGAUGGGUUCGAUCAAACAGUAAAUGUGAAGGUGAUAAUGGCAACUAACCGUGCGGACACCUUGGAUCCAGCACUUCUACGCCCGGGUAGACUUGAUCGGAAAAUUGAGUUCCCCUUGCCUGAUAGACGACAAAAGAGGCUUGUUUUCCAGGUUUGCACUGCCAAGAUGAACUUGAGCGAUGAGGUUGACUUGGAGGACUAUGUUUCUAGACCUGAUAAAAUAAGCGCCGCUGAGAUAGCUGCUAUAUGCCAAGAAGCAGGAAUGCACGCAGUCCGUAAAAACCGUUAUGUCAUACUCCCGAAGGACUUUGAGAAAGGUUACCGGACUAAUGUCAAGAAGCCAGAUACUGAUUUCGACUUCUACAAGUAAUAAGGAGUGGAAUGAUGUUAUGGAAUAGCAACUGGGUUGGUACUCCUAUAAUGGCGGUUUGGCUAAACUUGCCCUUGCCCAAGGGCACACGGACUGGACUGUGCUGUGCCGUGCCCCGAAUGAUAACUUGAUCCGUGAUCCUCAUUUGCACUUGGCAUCGGCGGCUGCGGAUCCAUUGCUUCGCGUCAGGGUGUGUAUAAUUGUGGCCACAUGUGAUUUGAUGUACAGGUUGUUUGAGAAUUCCUUUAAUAAUGAAAUUGUAAGCAGUAACAGAGCACGUGUGCUGUCGAUUGGUAUUAAUGUUGGUGGCAGUGGCAUUGGCUUUGGGGCUUUGGCAAAUGGCAGGGACGUAGCUGAUGAUGAUGGUCGGCAACACCACAUUUUUGACAGCACACUUGAUCGUCUGGGUGCAUUGCAUGAUUUAACCAGUUACUGUACUCCUAGAAAGAUCCAACCACCACCAAUCUCUCUCUCUCUCUCUCAUAUAUGCGAACCGAACCUUUAUAAUCAUAAUAAUAAUAAGAAGAUGAUGGAUGGAUGCAUGGAUGGAUGUGCCAUGCGUGUCACUCCAUU